AUGUGGGCGCUUCGCCACCACUACGGCGUGGAGCUCCAACACUUCUCGCCGAACGCCAUCACCGCCGCGGCGGUUUUCGCUGUGGUGUGUGAGGGCUACCUGGGGAUGAUGCCUCACUGGGACUUGUGGCUCCACUUGUACCGGGGCGAGCUCUUCAACGCCUCCGGUGGAACCGCAGGGGUGAGGAAGCCGGGUUCGAUCGAUGUUCGAUCCUCGAAGCCUCCGGUAAAGGAGGACGAGGUCGAUCGUGACAAGCGGCGAGAGUCCGCGGAAAAGCAGAAGUCCGCAACGGACUUGAAAAAGGAGGAAAAGAAGAAGAAUGUCGAGCGUCAAGCGCUGGAGACGCGUCGAGCGAAGUCAAGGCAGAGGGGGGAGCCUGAGGAAGAAUCCCCCGACGAGGAUGAUGGCGGCGAUGGUGACGACGACAACGAUGAUUCCGAGGGAAUGGCGUCCCGUCUUGACCGGAUCCUCGAGGGCCCUCCCCAGACCGGCGUCGACGUCCCGCGGAUGGGCGUCCCAAAGGGGGCACCAAGCGGGUCUCGUGAAAGUCAGCAGAGGGAGCCGUCUCCACGUCGUUCCCACGCCGACACUCCUCCAGAGCCUGCGCCAGGUCGGACCGUCCCCCGCCCCCAACCUCCUCCCGCGUUUAAGGCGGGCCACCGGGUUAAGGCCCUGACGACGGGGUUGCUGACUCGUGGUCGUGCCGCGGCCUCGAGCUCUUCCGAUCCUCGGCCGUCGGCUGGUGCCGAGAGCGCCCCGCCACGUCCAUUGCUGGAGGAGUCCACCCCACCGUCGCCGAAGCGGGUCAAGGCGCCUCACCCCCAAGAACAUGAGGGAGCCCCCGAGCCUCCUCGAUCUGGGGUCGAGGAGGAUCCUAUCACAAUAAGUGACGGAUCCAGUGGCGACAGGCCUUCGAGGGACGCCCGCCCCAUGGACGAGGAGAGGAAGAGAGGAGAGGAAGAACGCGAGCGGGAGGCGCAGCAUCAGCCGCAGCAGGAAAGGGAAGAAGGAGAGGAGAGGCGCCGGCCGGAAGGAGCCCAGGUCGAGGAACUGCUCGAGCAGGACCGGCAGGAGGAGCUACGGGAGCUUCAGGAGGAGUAG